GAGGGGGGGGGACGUUUCUCAGGACCUGCACGGCGUCCAUCAGAGCAGCUGAACGGGCCACAGCCAGGGCAUCUCUUGGCGGAGGUAAAGGAGCUGCAAAAAUGGUGUCUGCGAGUAGAUCUGGAGGCCAAGGGACAAUGACAAGACAGGGCAAUCUCCCCCUGGAUUUCCCACGCAAGUUCUGCUGUUCUUUUCGUGCCUACUUACUGCGCGCCCCUGCCGCCUGCCCCGGUGCCCGCCCCAUCCCAUCUCCCUGAAGGAGUAGAGGCAGGGGGGUGCUAGGAAUGUGCUCCACCCACAAGACCGCGACACACCGCCUGCCUCGGAGCUGUAGCGUCUGAGUCGUAGGUAGCGGUCUGACAAGCACCCCACUCUGUCCGCAAGAGGCUCUCGGAAUUGCGAGUUACAUUUGGCAGGCAGGCGGGCUCGCAUGCCGGAGCGCUCAGCCCGGAAUUCGUGGAUUUAUUCGGAAUCUCCUUGCUUCCCCGAGUCCCUUCCGCCGGCGCCGGUCUGGGCACGGACGGUCCCGCGCACCCGCCCGCUCGCUGCACUUUGGGCUGCGGACACCCGGACUCGACGCGCCAGCCCCGCGUCUCCACGGCGAGCCCCGCAGCUCCGAGAGGCAUGAACGGAAUCCGGAGGCGCCUGCCCUGCGCGCGGGAACCUCUCGGUGCUCGCCGCCCUCGGGAGCCGACCCAGAGUCGCUGCAGCCGUGUGUGAACCAGGAAGCUUGAAAUUCGUCAGCGCCGAGCUCGUCAAGAGCGAUUUCAGUGAGAAGGAAUGCCAGUGGAUCGUGGUCUCAGAAAAGCGGCUUAGAUGAUGUCUGUUUCCUGUGCUAGAAACACGUGGCAGAGCUGUAAGUAAACGCUCUACACUGCAUGAUGAAUUGGAUGGCUGCAGACCGGAGGCAAAAAAAAUAAUUGUCUCAUUUUCGUGGUGAUUUGCUUAACUGGUGGGACCAUGCCAGAACGGCUAGCGGAAAUGCUCUUGGAUCUCUGGACUCCAUUAAUAAUAUUAUGGAUUACUCUUCCCCCUUGCAUUUACACGGCUCCGAUGAAUCAGUCUCAAGUUGUAAUGAGUGGAUCCCCUUUGGAACUAAGUAGGCUGAGUGAACAGCGGAUUUUGAACCGCUCCAAAAGAGGCUGGGUUUGGAAUCAAAUGUUUGUCCUGGAAGAGUUUUCUGGACCUGAACCGAUUCUUGUUGGCCGGCUACACACAGACCUGGAUCCUGGAAGUAAAAAAAUCAAGUAUAUCCUGUCAGGUGAUGGAGCUGGGACAAUAUUUCAAAUAAAUGAUAUAACAGGAGAUAUCCAUGCUAUAAAAAGACUUGACCGUGAGGAAAAGGCUGAAUAUACUCUAACAGCUCAGGCAGUGGACUGGGAGACAAACAAGCCUCUGGAACCUCCUUCUGAAUUUAUUAUUAAAGUUCAAGACAUCAACGACAAUGCGCCAGAGUUUCUUAAUGGACCCUAUCAUGCUACAGUGCCAGAGAUGUCCAUUUUGGGUACGUCUGUCACUAAUGUAACAGCUACUGAUGCUGAUGACCCAGUUUAUGGAAACAGUGCAAAGUUGGUUUAUAGUAUCUUGGAAGGGCAGCCUUAUUUUUCCAUUGAGCCUGAGACAGCAAUUAUAAAAACUGCCCUUCCCAACAUGGACAGAGAAGCCAAGGAGGAAUACCUGGUUGUUAUUCAAGCCAAAGAUAUGGGUGGACACUCUGGUGGCCUGUCUGGGACCACAACACUUACAGUGACCCUUACCGACGUAAAUGACAAUCCUCCGAAAUUUGCCCAAAGUCUGUAUCACUUCUCAGUACCAGAAGAUGUGGUUCUUGGCACUGCGAUAGGAAGGGUAAAGGCCAACGAUCAAGAUAUUGGUGAAAAUGCACAGUCAUCCUAUGACAUCAUUGAUGGAGAUGGAACAGCGCUCUUUGAAAUCACUUCUGAUGCCCAGGCCCAGGAUGGUAUUAUAAGGCUAAGAAAGCCUCUGGACUUUGAGACCAAAAAAUCCUAUACACUGAAGGUAGAGGCAGCCAAUGUCCAUAUUGACCCACGUUUCAGCGGCAGGGGGCCCUUUAAAGACACGGCGACAGUCAAAAUUGUUGUUGAGGAUGCUGACGAGCCUCCUGUCUUCUCUUCACCUACUUACCUCCUCGAAGUUCAUGAAAAUGCUGCUCUAAACUCCGUGAUUGGGCAAGUGACUGCUCGUGACCCUGAUAUCACCUCUAGUCCUAUAAGGUUUUCCAUCGACCGGCACACUGACCUGGAGAGACAAUUCAACAUUAAUGCGGAUGAUGGAAAAAUAACGCUGGCAACACCACUUGACAGAGAAUUAAGUGUAUGGCACAACAUAACAAUCAUUGCUACCGAAAUUAGGAACCACAGUCAGAUAUCACGAGUGCCUGUUGCUAUUAAAGUGCUGGAUGUCAAUGACAACGCCCCUGAAUUCGCAUCCGAAUAUGAGGCAUUUUUAUGUGAAAAUGGAAAACCCGGCCAAAGUUUUCUCUCUGGCAAACACGUAAUAAAAUUAGAAAUGAUAGAAUUGCAAGAACAUACCUCAAAUCCUCUGGGCAGAAAGGAGGCUGAAGAGCUGAAGGGAAAUGAAGCUAUCUUACUGAAAAGACCUCUUAAUAUAGGACCUGUUCCACCAGAGACAGGAAGCAUCUAUCAAGAGCUGAAAAGGAGUCAGCUGGGGAUAAACCAGGUUCUCUCUGAAGAGAAUGGUAAUCUGGCUGGACGGGUGGAGGAACAGGUCAUUCAAACAGUGAGUGCCAUGGACAAAGAUGAUCCCAAAAAUGGACAUUAUUUCUUAUACAGUCUUCUUCCAGAAAUGGUCAACAAUCCGAAUUUUACCAUCAAGAAAAAUGAAGGUGAGAGAGCAACUUCUGCUUUUGGUUUAGAGCAACUGAUUCAAAAAGCCAAAAAUCAUCCUCUAAGGGAAAUGUGUGCAGAGCAAGGGAGACAGACUCAUCAUCUCCGCCGAGGGAAGAGAAAACACAGGGAAGAUAAUUCCCUCAGCAUUUUGGCAAAGCAUAACGGAUUCAACCGCCAGAAGCAAGAAGUCUAUCUUUUACCAAUCAUAAUCAGUGAUAGUGGGAAUCCUCCUCUGAGCAGCACCAGCACCCUGACCAUCCGGGUCUGUGGCUGUAGCAGUGAUGGUGUUGUCCAGUCUUGUAAUGUUGAAGCUUAUGUCCUUCCGAUUGGACUCAGUAUGGGCGCCUUAAUUGCUAUAUUAGCAUGCAUCAUUUUGCUGCUAGUAAUUGUGGUGCUGUUUGUAACUCUGCGGCGACAUAAAAACGAGCCAUUAAUUAUUAAAGAUGAUGAAGACGUACGAGAAAACAUCAUUCGCUAUGAUGAUGAGGGAGGAGGAGAGGAAGAUACAGAGGCUUUUGAUAUUGCAACUUUACAAAACCCAGAUGGAAUUAAUGGAUUUUUACCUCGUAAGGAUAUUAAACCAGAUUUGCAGUUCAUGCCAAGGCAAGGGCUUGCUCCUGUUCCGAAUGGUGUUGAUGUUGAUGAAUUCAUAAAUGUGCGGCUACACGAGGCAGAUAAUGACCCAACUGCCCCGCCAUAUGACUCCAUUCAGAUUUAUGGCUAUGAAGGCCGAGGGUCUGUGGCUGGGUCCCUCAGCUCCCUGGAGUCCAGCACCUCAGACUCAGACCAGAAUUUUGACUACCUCAGUGACUGGGGUCCCCGCUUUAAGAGACUGGGAGAACUCUACUCUGUUGGUGAAAGUGACAAAGAAACUUGACAGUGGAUUAUGAAUUAAUCAGUGGAACUGAGCAUUCUGUAAUAUUCUAGGGUCACACCCCUUAGAUACAACCAAUGUGGCUAUUUGUUUUAGAGGCAAGUUUAGCACCAAUCAUCUAUAAACUCAACUACAUUUCAAUGUUGAACCAAAAAUUAAUAAAAAGCAUAUGUUAGGAGGUUAUAAAUCUUGUGGAGUGUGAAUUAAAGUAUGUGGAGUCUCUAGAAGUCUUUGGAUAUUUGAUAUUUACUUAGCCACCACAGACAAAGAUUGGGAUCCUGGCUAAUCCUUAGAGAGAUGGUUAAAAAGAGGAAAAAAUCAAAAUUAAAAGGUGCUUUCUUAGAAAAAUGGACCUGCAAGAAAUGUGCUGCUGAUAUGUGUCUUCUGCAAGGAUUUUUAUAAAUGCAAAUGGUUUUUUCCCCUUCACCAAUAAGGAUUCCGCCACAAAUGAUAAAGCAAUACUUGGUCUGCUGUACUUUAUGACUUUCUGGAGUUUUGGGAGGCCUCCUAGAUUAUACGGUACGGUGACCGCACAUUGUACAUAACUGUUGGCCCCACUCAUCAGAGACUGAAUAGCAUCUUUAAAUAUUGUGUCGAGCCUUAAAAUAUUCACAUGUUCGUAAUCCAUUCCCGGGUGGGGAUUGCCAACUCAGUGGUGGGAGGAGAGAAAUCCCAUUCAAACAGGCUUGUUUUCUGGAAGCAGGAUUACUCGUUCCCUCCACUUCAUCUUCUUCCACAAGGACAGAAAGAUAAACCGUAUCACACAGCGGACUACAUAUGAGACAGAUGGUUUUAUUGCUAGCGCGUGAAUUUAUUUGUUUAAUCCUCGAAAUAAAUAUUUUAUUGAUGUCCAUUAAUGCUUUUAUUUAUUAAGGUUGGUAAUCUAUGUAGAUUAAGGGACUAUAUGGAAAAAAAACUAAAUUAUAUCCAUUAAUAAUCCUUUAGAUUGUUUUAUAUAAAUAUAUAUAUAUAUAUACACACAAUGAAUGUUUAAUACAUGUACAUUUUGAUGAGAUGAGUAUGGCAGGCAAUAUUAUCAAAAGGGGAGCUAAGAGUCUCUUUAGAGUAGAAAGCGUUAUUGUGGCUGGUGAUGGCAGGAGCAGCAUUUUCCCAGAGAAACUUUUGGACUGUUUUCUAUUUUGUUCAUAAUCCUAGUAUUUGGUGUUUUUACUACAAGCACAAACAUCUGAAAGCAUAUUGAUUCAUGUGACUAUUUAAACUCUAGACUUUUAGAUACCUACAUAAUGCCCUGCCCAGUAAACAUGCUUCAAGUUGCCCCCACUGUUUUAAAGCAGGAAGUGGUUUGUACAUAAUUUUACUGCUUUUGUUUUUAGCACUUCUCUCUCUGAUCUUCAUGGUGAUGCACAGAAUGUCGUAGACUCCAAAAAAGGACAGCACUAGAAGAUGUGAGCAUAUUCAAUUUGUAACACAAUCCUGCCAUUUAGGAGUAGAAAAUGUAUGAUAAAAAUCAAGUACUACACGCAGAUCAUUUUAAUUUUCUACUUUGCUUUAAUGCAAUAUUGUUUAUUUACUUCAUGUAUUGUAUUCAGAGAAACUCCUGUAUUGUUUCCUACUUUGUGAAAUAUAUUUUUAUAAAUACCUUUGUUGUCAUCACUUUUUUUCCCCUAAUCAGAUGAAGAUCUGUUAACAGAGACAUCAACUCUAAUUAGAGUUCCACAAUGUUCAACUAAAUCAUCCCGAGGAUCACUUAUAUUUCUAAGAGUCAUUAUUAUAAAGCAGAGGAAAGAAAUAACCUGGCAAUGAACACAAAGCAAAAGGGACAUUAAAGGAACAUGGUGUACAGAAAGUCUAGUCCAGCUGUGCUUGUUGGGUCCUCCUGGCAGCAGAAGCUGUAAUAGAGUUAAGAGUAAAAAGAAAAGAAACAAGAAUAAGGAGGGAAAGAUUUCAGCUAGGAGUACAGGUCUAAAAUCUUUAGAAGGCACGUGAUCAGUAUGCAGGAUUUAGCAAAAAAGAUCUAAACUGCAAUACAGACCUGACCAACUUCUGCCAAAUGGGUUCUGAGUGAAAGACUGCCUGAUGAAGGGUCUGUCAUUGGGGAAAAAGUAGUUGAGGUCUACUUCCCCUGCCAUCUCAGUCCCUGGCGUGGGGUUGCCUGGAAGAGCAGGACUUUGGCUAGAAAACUGAAGAUAUCAAAUCCUGGAGACUGCCUCCACUGUGACAGACAUAAAAUGUUUGAAUAUUAGAAUUUACAACUUUCCAGGGACUUAGUUGACUCAUUGAGUGUCUGCUGCCUGAGAAUAGUUCAUGUUUUAUGCUCUGGCUACUGGACACUUUUUCUUGAGGUAAAAGUAAUGGUCCAGAGUGACUUUAUGCCACAGCUUGGCACAGUACCUAAGACAAGUACUUAGUGAAUGUAGAUUAGUAAUAGUAGUUGCAAGAGUAACCAGUGGUAAUAUUCUGACUAAACCAAGGUGAAAUCAUUACCUUUUUACUUAUUUCUUGUAUACCAGAUGCAUCUCUCAUGUACUUCUCAGUGAAGCCCUUAGAUUACUGACAUACAAACAUGUUUGACGGAAAAACUACACUCUUUUUCAGGAAUACAAAAUCUAUAUCCUCCAGUCUUGGUAAUCCAUAGGGUAAUAUUUAUAUGGUGGUUUGGGGAGG